CGAAUUACAUGAAAAAUCGCCGCUACUUGCCGACGACGAGAUACCGUUCUGUCAAACGACGUGAAAUUUAUAGUAAACUAAAUAUAUUAACGAUGGAAGUGCAUGGCAUCGAUGAGGAAGACGAAGAUGUUGUGAUACAAGGUAGUGCUCUUCAUGAGCAUCUUUCAAAAUUAGGUUACACAGACUUUGAAACUGUACCUGUGUCUAAGAAAAUGGACUUCAAACGAGGGAAUUGUUUGAAUAUUGAUAUUAAGAGUACUGUGAAAAAGAUUUAUACAAAAUUAUUUUCUCUUUAUUCUUGGAUAACACAGGAGAAGAGCAAUUCUGAAAAACAAUUGAGUAUCAUUUUGAAUGCAGAGGCUUUAUUAAAUGACCAUUUUUCUGUAAUUAAUGGCUUUAUAAUCAAAUGCAAUAAUAAUUCUAAAAGAAUAACACUGCAAGAACUAAUUAUGGCUGGAGCUGUAUUAAUCUCUUCAACAUACGUUUCAUGGUGUAAAUACAAGAUAUUGCCAACAUUAUUUGUAUCAUUUGCAAUUUGUUGCGUCGGUUAUAUGAAAUAUUUACGUUUUUAUGCAACAAGAAAUCUAAAACAUGUCAUAUUAUCACAAAAUGAACUUUUUCUCACAUGUAAAGACGGCCUUAAGAUUUUACGACGUGAUUACAAAAUGAAAUUGGAUUCUGAAUCAUGUCUUCAACAAUUUUCUCAUUUCUUAGGUGAAAAGGUGCAGCAUCUAGAAUGUCUAAAAGAUGCUUUAAUAAAAUUUAUGGAAAAUAUUUCCUAUCUAUAUUACAAAUGUUCAUUGUCAAUCGUAAAAUUACUGCCGCAAGAUGCACUUAGCGAAGAGCUAUUUACAAAAUUCGAGUGUAACUCAUUUGAAACAUCUGGUGAAAUCAACUAUCAAACAUUAAAGAGAUUGUACAACACUUAUCUUCUGGUACAAUCAGAAAUGUUAUAUUUAUUAGCUAUUGCAUAUGAUAGCAAUACUUGGAUAAAAUCCUGCCAGAAGAUUCCUGAAACAGAAUUAGCUCGUAUAAUUCAUAUUUUAACUAAAGAAUUGGCAGUAUAUAAAGUUAAAUUGUCAGAAAUGGUUAAUGCGUAUCGUACUUGCAAAACAGAACCAGUUCGAUAUAAAACCCAGAACAAAGCUAAAUGGCACGAUCCAACUGUCCAAUUGGAUUUGGCAUCUUAUAAACUGCAAUUAGCCUAUAAUCAAGUUUUUUCAACGUUUAAAGAUAUUAAUGAUUGUAUUAAUCAGGACAUUGGUAUCGAUAAUGAAACAGUUGAUACACUGAUGCAAAAGUUAGAUAAAGCGUUCAAGGAGAUCGACACGGCUAAGAGCCUGGCAGAAUUUGUCGUCCUAUUGAUGGCAAGAUCAGGAAUCAAUGAUCUAAGGAGCAGUCAACCUGUAAUCGAUGAUACAACAAUCAAUCAGAAUCCUGAUUUGCCAGUAAUAAUCGAUUCAGAUCCACAGAUCCUUGAUGAGGUAUUUGAAGAGUAUAUCAAAGAGGAAUAUUUAAAACCAUUAGACGAAGAUAUAGAUGAAUAUUUAUUAGAGCAACAAAAAUUGGAUAAACUUUUAGCGAAAAAUUUUAUGAGCGAGUUGAAAGAAGCUUUAGUUGAUAAACAUAAGUCUAUGUCUGAACGAGAGUCCAGGGCACUACAACGUAUAUAUAAAAAUAUAUCAAGGAAUCCUGUAUCGAGUACUGAGGAUAACAAGGAUUAUCAAGUUACACCUGCUCCACCUCCAAUGCCUCCUAACUACACAUGGUUAUCGUCAUCAAGCGACAGUAAUUUAGAUCGCAGAAGAAUGAUUUCUCCUAUUUAUAAAAUUAAAAAUGAUAAUUCAUCUGUCCAUGAAAAAUCCAAUGAGUCAGAUGAAAACGAACUUAUAAGAGAGCUAGAACAAAACAACAUUUUCACUAAAUCAUCCAUCGAAGUCUGCGAGAAUAGAGAUGAAGAAUCGGUUGCAUCUAUGCCACAGAUUCUUCUUGAAACCCAAGCCAUACGAUUUAUCACAAAACUACCACCACCUUUUCUCCAUGAGGAAACGUUCAUAGGAAGUGGUGAAAAUUCUGAGGAUGAGAUUAUAAACAAUGUAAGUAAUAGUGAGGAAAAUAAUGAGCGUGAAUAAUAAAGAGAUAAUUUUUAUAUUUUAAACUGAUUAAUU